CCCACCCUGUAUACCUCGGCUCGUGAUUCAGCAGCGUAGCCGGGCCAAGCCCGAAUCAGAUAACCUUCGCAUCUCAUCUGAUUCACGCGAGAGAGUCCGUGACGGUCACUCGAGCGGGGGGCUAAAAGGGGGGCAGACGGGGACAUCGGCACUUUGUGAGAUAGCCACCCGCGGACGGGGCGGGGCUUUCCCACAGUCGCGAGCGUGACGCGAUCGGCACGUGUGAUCGGGGCCGCGAGCCAGACACGAGAUUGCUCUCGACGGGCCCCCUGCGCGCCCCCCCGCGCGUACGUCACUGGACCGCGCACUGACCACCUGUGGGACGGGGAACUAUGGAUGUUGCAACAGGGUCCUGGAACUGCUCUAAUUCCAUUAUUUUUUUACGCAACCGCCAACCUCGUCAAUGCAACAUUUUACAACCCACAAUAAAGACAUCCAUUUUAAAUUGGGGUGAUUUUAGAAACAGAGACAAAAAGAAUUUGAAGGAUCAGAUAUUGACUACGAACGUUUGGCUGGAACACGAAUGGCAAGAUCAUAAGUUUAUAUGGGAUCCCCAGGAGUAUGGUGGUGUCACAGAGCUCUACGUGCCAUCUGAACACAUAUGGCUGCCAGAUAUUGUUCUUUAUAACAAUGCAGAUGGAGAGUAUGUGGUUACCACCAUGACCAAAGCUGUUCUGAGUCAUACUGGUAAAGUUUUAUGGACACCUCCAGCUAUUUUCAAGUCAUCCUGCGAAAUAGACGUGAGAUAUUUCCCGUUUGACCAACAAACAUGUUUCAUGAAGUUUGGAUCUUGGACAUACGAUGGAAACCAGAUAGACCUGAAACACAUAAAUCAAAAGGUGGGAGAGAACAAAGUAGAAGUUGGCAUAGAUCUCAGGGAAUACUAUCCCAGUGUAGAGUGGGAUAUACUGGGUGUUCCAGCAGAAAGACAUGAGAAAUAUUAUCCUUGCUGCGCGGAACCAUAUCCAGAUAUUUUCUUCAACAUCACGCUAAGAAGAAAAACGUUGUUCUACACCGUCAACCUGAUAGUUCCAUGUGUGGGCAUCUCCUACUUAUCAGUAUUAGUAUUUUACCUGCCAGCAGAUUCCGGCGAAAAAAUAGCGUUAUGUAUCAACAUCCUCCUAUCGCAAACCAUGUUUUUCCUCCUCAUCUCCGAAAUCAUACCUUCUACAUCCCUUGCCCUACCGUUACUGGGCAAAUACAUCCUCUUCACCAUGGUGCUGGUGGCCCUUUCAGUAGUGAUCACCAUCAUAAUCCUGAACGUUCACUACAGAAAACCGAGCACUCACAAAAUGGCACCUUGGGUGCGGAAUUUUUUCAUAAAGAGUGUGCCCAAGUUGUUGUUGAUGAGGGUACCGAAGGACCUUUUGACUGAACUCGCUGCCAAUAAAAUACCAAACAGCAGGCUCAUGAUGCAAAGGAACGAGCUUGGGUCCAUGGAUUCGAGCGGUUCGUCGAGCUCUUCCUCGUCUAGUUCAUCGAGGCAUAGAGUUGGAGGAUGCAAUGGGCUUCAUUCUUCAACUACAAGGAACAGACUAAGGGGUUUUGCAGGCGCUCUUGGGGGUCGUUUGGGAUACAACGGUCUUCCAUCAGUGUUCUCUGGACUAGAUGAAAGUGACUCAAGUACAAGAAAGAAAUAUCCUUUUGAACUUGAGAAAGCAAUACAUAAUGUUAUGUUUAUUCAACACCACAUUCAGAGACAAGAUCAAUUCAAUGCAGAAGAUCAAGAUUGGGGUUUUGUUGCUAUGGUGCUAGAUCGUCUCUUCCUCUGGUUGUUCAUAAUAGCAUCCCUUGUUGGGACCUUUGCUAUCCUCUGUGAAGCUCCAGCACUCUAUGACGAUACAAAAGCCAUAGACCUGGAGUUAUCAUCUGUAGCCCAACAGCAAUUUCUGCCAGAUUUAGAAUUUUAGAACUGGAAUGUUAUUAACUGCAAUAACACCUUUCCCCGUUGUUGAUAUUGAAUAAGAUACAUUGACAUUUAUGAAUGAAUUUAUUAUUAAAUUUACAAAACUAUCCAAA